GUUAACAAUGGCGUCUUCAAUGCCAUCAAAGAAGCAGAAGAAGAACAAAAAGCAUGACAAAUACUCACUGUCGGACCUCAAAACCCUCGGUCGCCAGCUUCUUUCUUCAAGAGCUCAUGUCAAUAACCUUCCUCUUCUCCUCUCAUUCAUCACCCCUUCUACUCGUCCUAAAUAUACACUUGAAUCUCUCCUUUCUCUUCAAUCAUUCUUCAUUCCUUUACUUCCCCAACUCCCUUCUUCUACCGUAUCCUCUUCCUUCACUUCUGACUCUCAAGGUGAUCCUGAGUUUAUUUAUCGAACAUGGGUUCGUUCCAAGUUUGACGACUUCGUUCAAUCACUUCUGGAUAUUGUAAUCUGUUCGCAAUCCGAUGACUCACUUAGAGAAGUUGUGUUGGACACGUUGAUGGAGUUUGUGAAAGUUGGAAACGGUGGGAAGUUUCACUCUGCUAUUUACUAUAGGCUUCUCCAUAACAUUGUUCAUUCAUCCCUUGAAAUUGAUGAUAUUUUGCUCGAGUUGCUCGCAUCAAAGUAUUUUAAGUACAUUGAUAUCAGAUAUUUUACUUAUAUCAGCUUUGAAAAGCUUUCCCGAAGCAUAGGAGCCAAUGAUAUCUCAGACGAUAGAAGGGAGAGACUAGACACCACCGGUGUGAAUCAGCCAGAAUCAAGCUUGGACCUAUCAGUUCACAAGUUAUCUCAUCUACUAUCUCGUAUCCCUCCCCUGGAAGGUUCAGAUGACAAGGCAGAAUAUGAUAUGUGGAACCCUGCAGGUAUAUUUACUGAAAAAGAAAAUGACAAAGGACACACUGGAAAGCAGCGCAAGGGUGAAUCAACUAAUAUCAAGGUUCUAUCUCCAGCCAACAUUGCAAAAAAGAUGAAACUGAAAUUUACAAAAGCCUGGAUAUCAUUCCUUAGACUAACACUUCCUGUUGAUGUUUACAAAGAGGUUCUGGUUAACCUUCAUCAAGUUGUUAUUCCCUAUCUGUCUAAUCCUCUUAUGUUGUGUGAUUUCUUAACGCGGUCAUAUGAUAUUGGUGGGGUAGUCAGUGUGAUGGCUCUUAGCAGCUUGUUUGUUCUCAUGACACAACAUAGUCUUGAAUACCCCAACUUCUAUGAAAAGCUCUAUGCUCUAUUGGAACCUUCUAUUUUUAUGGCAAAACAUAGGGCAAAGUUCUUCCAGCUUCUUGAUUCGUGCCUGAAAUCACCACUUCUUCCUGCAUAUUUGGCGGCUGCGUUUUGUAAAAAACUCAGUCGGAUAUCGCUCGCUGUCCCUCCUUCAGGAGCAUUAGUCAUUAUUGCUCUAAUUCAUAAUCUCUUACGGAGACAUCCUUCAAUAAAUUGCUUGGUGCACCAGGAGGAUGGUAAUGAGACUACUAAAGACACUACAGGAGCAGAGAGUGGGGCUGACGAUGAUAGCACUGAAGCCUCCAGUCCCAGCAGAGAAAUGUCGAGCGUCAAGCCUAGCAUUGAUCCUUUUGAUGACAAGCAGACUGAUCCUUUGAAGACUAACGCAAUGAGGAGCUCUCUGUGGGAAGUUGACACACUCCGUCAUCACUACUGCCCGCCAGUUUCAAGAUUUGUUUUGUCCCUUGAGAACGAUUUGACAGUCAGAGCUAAAACUACUGAAGUAUCAGUCAAAGAUUUCAGUUCUGGUUCAUAUGCAACAAUUUUUGGUGAUGAGAUUAGGAGGCGAGUUAAACAGGUCCCCCUUGCGUUCUACACAGCAACUCCAACUAUGUUGUUUCCGGAGUCAGAUUUUCUUGGUUGGAGUUUCAAAAUGAAGGACAAGGAUAGUACUACAGUGCUGGACAAUACAUCAAAAGAAAAUGAUCAUAUUUCUGCAAAACGAAGUCGAGUGGAGGAGACGUCAUGAUCUUAUCAGAACCAAAUG